AUGGCAGAAGGCCCGGGAAACAUCAGUUGGGCAUGCAGCAGCAAAAGAGUUUCAGCCGAGCUAGCAGGGGUCAGCUUACCCCACCCUCUUUCCCAUCUCAACCUUCUUGAUCCCACAGCUCUCUCUCAGCUGGAUGACGAUGUUCUCACUCAAGAAAUCAAGAGGCGUAAGCUUUUAGCUAAAGAAGCUGCUAGUAAGAAAGCUGCCGUCAGCGUCCUACACGGUGUUACGACGGAAGCACCAGUCCGUCGGGGCAGCCGCCAGAGCAAACGUGGUGGCGCAGGGCGCGGCCGUACAAGCGUGACGAAUGGCAACAUCCCUGCUGGCGCAACCUCGUCCGCACCUGGUUCCCCCGGCGCACGUUCCUCCGCACCUGGUUCAGCGGGCGCACCCUCCGCUGCACCUGGUUCAUCCGGCGCACCCUCCUCUGUUCCUGGCUCCGCCGGCGCACCCCCUGCUGCACCUGGUUCCGCCGGCGCACCCGUCACUGCACCUGGUUCUGCCGGCGCACCCUCUGCUGCACCAGGUUCCGCCAGCGCACCCUCCGCUUCACCUGGUUCCGCCGUCGCACCCUCCGCUGCACCUGGUUCUGCCGUCGCACCCUCCUCUGCACCUGGUUGUGUCGGCGCGCCCUCCUCUGCCUCUGGUUCUGCAGGCGCAACCUCCGCUGCCAAUCUUGGAGUCGCAAUCUCGUCUCCACAGGCAAACACGCCUAACGUAACGCGCGCUUUUGACACUGGCGGCGUGUGCUGCAGUGCACCGUCAGAAGCAGCUACUCGAGCUCUUCCUGCACCUUCCUCUGCUGCCUGUGUGUACGUCCCGGGUCCCAUGAUGGCAGCAGUCAUUGAGGCCACGGAGGAGGGAGGCGUGGAUCCGUUCCUCGCGUACGGCAUUGAAGCUGGAAGCGACGAUAUCGAGCUGGACGACGACGAGGCAGAUGACGCUGUCGGUGCCCAAGCGGGAGAUGAUGCCGAGUUGCGCGCAGCGGAGCUUCGCGCAGCGGAGUUGUGCGCGGCGGAGGUUCGCGCAGCGGAGCUGCGCGCUGCGGAGGUUCGCGCAUCGGAGGCGCGCGCAGCAGAGGCGUUUGCAGCGGAGGCGCGGGCAGCGCAGUUGCGUGCAGCGAAGGUGCGCGCAACGGAUAGGGCGCCACCCACCUCGCAUCAGAAUGAAACGGCAGGACAUACAAGGCGUGAACGGCCGCAAGUUGCUGGUGCGCACCAUUUCAGGGAAGCACGACAACUGGAGGCGCAACUUCGUGACCUGCAGAACACGGUGUCUGUGCUUCAAGGUCAGCUGCAAGAGGCAAAGACCAAGGUCAAGGUGGUGGAGGAUGAGCGUGACCGUCUUAAACCGCAGCUCGAGUCGAUGCAGCGACAGCUUUCAGCGGAAGUCGCUGGAAUGAUCGCGGAAGUGAACGCGGUUCGGGACCCUGCUGACUCACAAGUCCGAAAGGAGAACGUCCGUAAGGACGUUGCGGGCAACCCGAUCAUUCCUUCAUCGCUCAGCAGCGACGAUGCAUUCGAUGUAAAAGAGCCGCAUUUGGUGCGCAAGUACAUAGAUGAGGGGACCACGCAAGAUGAGUACUACCUCUUCAUGGGCGGGAACAGCAAGCGCAUUGAAUGGGCACUGAAGGUGAUUGGCUGCAGACGUGCGAACAUGAACAAGCCGAUCAAGCUCUGGGCGUGGGGUGCUGGUGGCGUCAUUGACGAGGAAUAA